AUGAAACUUUGUUGUGAAGUAAUUGAAGCAACAGGUCGUUAUCGAUAUCAUAUUAAGUAUGAAAUCUACAAAAUAAAUCAUAUGCUUCAUGUUCUUGUUGCUCAGCAUCAACUCGGAGCAUCGGAUAAUCGUCUCAGAGAAAUUGCUGAAACAUUAAGUGAAAAAUUAGAACCAGCUCAUACAAAAGAUCCAUCUCUUGAACCAAUCACUCAUGAUACAUGGCAAACUUUAAUGGGUAAACAAAUACGAUCUAUUGAAUUAGCUGAAUUUUUCGAUAAAGAAUUAGAUGAUCGUUUCAAUGGAGAUAAAAAAGCUUUACUUGUUGAAUAUUUACCUCAAUUGAUCGAUGGUAUGAGUGCAAUUGCCACCCAUGGUAUCAUUCAUCUUGGCUAUGCUUUACGAUCUCCAUCGAAACAAUCAAUCGCUGAUGCACUGGCUCUUAUGGUCUAUUCAUAUAAAACACUUGGACAUAUGAAUGCUAAUAAACAUCAAGUAGGUAAAUAA